CUCAGAUGACGCAUGAGGGGUGCGCCGCCGACUGAGCCGAGCGCGGGGGCACAGCUUGUGUCGGGAGAACUUGUGAAGCGGUUUGGUAUCCUUAUUUUACUCACCUGGCAGCUGAUGUUCUUCCAAAUAUGUGAAGACUGACUGCAUAGCUAGUCGUUGGGAUGCUUUAGGGAAAGAGGCUCCCUUAAAGCAGAUGGUGUGAAAACUGCUCUUGUGGACUGGACUUCAGGAAAUACUUGUCAUUUGACUGGAGACGUGACUGCUGCCAUGGAUCAGAACAACAGUUUACCGCCCUAUGCCCAGGGUUUAGCAUCCCCUCAGAGUGCCAUGACUCCAGGCAUCCCUAUUUUUAGUCCCAUGAUGCCUUAUGGCACGGGACUCACACCCCAACCUGUUCAAAGCACCAACAGCUUAUCUAUUCUGGAAGAACAGCAAAGGCAGCAGCAGCAGCAGGCGGCAGCACAGCAGUCCACAUCACAACCAACACAAGUAGCAUCCGGUCAAACACCACAGCUCUUUCACUCACAGACGCUUACCACAGCUCCUUUACCAGGAACCACCCCUCUCUAUCCCGCUCCAAUGACUCCCAUGACCCCAAUAUCUCCUGCGACACCUGCUUCUGAAAGUUCUGGGAUUGUGCCACAGCUACAGAAUAUUGUGUCUACAGUAAACCUCGGUUGCAAACUUGACCUAAAAACUAUUGCUCUUCGUGCUCGAAAUGCUGAAUACAAUCCCAAGCGUUUUGCUGCAGUAAUUAUGAGAAUAAGAGAACCACGUACCACAGCUCUCAUAUUCAGCUCUGGGAAAAUGGUGUGCACAGGAGCUAAAAGUGAGGAGCAGUCCAGGCUGGCUGCCAGAAAGUAUGCUAGAGUUGUACAGAAGUUGGGCUUUCCAGCCAAAUUCUUGGAUUUUAAGAUUCAGAAUAUGGUGGGCAGCUGUGAUGUAAAAUUCCCUAUCAGGCUCGAAGGGUUGGUUCUUACACACCAACAGUUUAGCAGUUAUGAGCCAGAAUUGUUUCCUGGCUUAAUUUACAGAAUGAUCAAGCCAAGAAUUGUCCUGCUUAUAUUUGUUUCUGGGAAAGUAGUUUUAACUGGUGCAAAAGUCAGAGCUGAAAUUUAUGAAGCAUUCGAAAAUAUAUAUCCUAUUUUAAAAGGAUUCAAAAAGACAACGUAACAGUUUCCUGUGCUUAAUUAAGAAGUUGGGGCACAUUUUAAAAGGUAUUGAUUAUGGCACAGCAGUAAAAGAAGAGACUAACAAACUGCAACAUCAGGACUUGAAAUAUUUUCCCAGUUAGUGCCUAUUUCCCUGGUCUUCAUAGGAAGGGAAGCUCUCAUUGUAUGUUACGUCUAUACUGAACUACUGUGAGUUGCUUCAUUGCGCUCUCCUUGGAGAAACAGCUGAGUUUAUUUAUAUUUUUAGCUUUUAAACCGUUUUAAUGGCUGAUCUUUUUUUAUCUGGAAAUCUUAUGCUGGCAAGUUAAACUGUGUUAUCCAACACUUAAAAACAGUUCAGUUACAGUAUUGUUUCAACCAUGGAUUUUAUAACCAGAAAUUUUAAUUCUGUGUUUAGACUUUCUUUCACAUUCCCGGUUUCCAGUGUUCAGCAGGACAGAAACUCGCUAAUGAAAACAAAUGACUGUAUAUAUUCCUCAUUUUGAGAAGCAAUCUGAGUUCUAAAUGUGUAAUGUUUGAGAACUGAAUCUGAAUAGUAAAACCUGUGAUCCUUCUGAUUUGCUUUCAUGCUCUUUUAAUGUGCUAAAUGCAUGCCUGUAGCUUAAAUGUAUUGAAUUGGUUUUUAUAAGAUUUUUCUUAACAAUCCAGUAUUAAAGCAAUGUGUUUUGCCAUUUCA